AUGAAAGCGGUAACUUGGUAAAAAGAUUCUCACGGACUUUUUGAUUAUGAAAUUUCACUUCUCACCGUUGAAAAGCACGUUAUAAUGUAAGAACAAAAGGUUUAUCGAUUGGGUAUAUCAAUUGAUUAUAAUAAAAUAGGCUAAGAAGUUACAACACAUCUUCCAGAAAGUGAAUAAAAAGAGUCUCAAUAAUAUUUAACAGCAGUUGAAGAAUAGGAUCAUAAGUUUUUCAUCAAGCCUAGUAGAUAUGAUGAGAAUGAAAAAUUUUUGAUAGUUAAUAGUUUAAAAAAUAGUUAAGGAGAAUAGAAAGUAUAAAUUGAUUAUAAUAUGAGUAGGGAUAUAUAAUGGAAGCUGGAGACAUAAUAAAAUUGGGAAGAAUGGAAUAUGUGAUAUUAGAAACUAAGAAUAAAGAUAACUUAGUAAAUUAAGCCAACAGUAAAAUGCUCAAAGAAUAUUUCGAACAAAAGUCAGGAUUGGUUUGA